AUUGUAUCGCUUCUGCCUCAUUGCAAGAAGGAUAACAAAGUUGAAUCAAAAGAAACUAAAGGGGCCACAUUGAACGAGCUCGUUGAGCUCAAAAAUUGUUCGUCUUGUUUAUUUUUCGAGUGCAGGAAGGCAAAAGAUCUUUAUCUCUGGAUGUCAAAAUGCCCGAAUGGCCCAUCUGUUAAAUUUUUAGUUAGUGCCGUGCACACAAUGGAGGAAUUGAAGCUAACUGGGAAUCAUCUAAAAGGUUCCCGCCCACUUUUGACAUUUUCAUCAAAUUUUGAAAAAGAUGCACACUGGAAACUGUUGAAAGAGAUGCUAUUACAGAUAUUUGAAACACCAAAGGACCAUAGAAAGGCUAAGCCUUUUCAUGACCAUGUUUUUGUAUUCUCAAUAGUUGACGACCACAUUUGGUUCCGAAAUUAUCAGAUCUCUGUUCCUCAUAAUGAGUCAGACAAAUUACCUCGAGGAGGCCUUGAUAAAAUGACAUUAAUUGAGGUUGGUCCACGGUUCUGCUUGAACCCAAUUAAAAUAUUUGGUGGCAGUUUUGGAGGUCCAACUCUAUAUGAGAAUCCAUUCUAUGUGUCGCCAAACCAGAUUCGAGCUUUGCAGAAGAAGAAAAAGGCUGGAACGUUUGCAAAGAAGGUCAAAGCAAAGACAAGGAGGAAAAGGCAUGAGAUGGCAAAUCCGCUGGAGCCUGAUGAGUUUGCAGAUAUGUGGAAAGAUUAAACUUAAAUUCACCUGCUUCUUUUCACCAAGUUUACGAAUGGGCUAUUCACGUUAGAGUGGUAUUGGUUGGCAUUCCAUUCUUUAAAGUGGUUUUGAUUUUGAGAAUUAAUUGGAGAUUUACGAUGUACUUCUAUGUUACCAUCUAACUAUGAUCUGUAUCAUAGAAGAUAGACAAGCAUGAUUCUGUAAUGUUUUCUUUAAUUAUUCAUGUGGGGACUAUUUCAGGAUUUGUUCUACUCUUCCUUAUGCUCUAACUAUAUUCUUAAAAUGCUUGGAUGUUAGUAUAAAUAAACAAUUGACUUCCUUUAAUGAGUUAGUAGCUUGUUUAACAAAAUAAGAA